CCUCCUCCUGCCCCAGGGGACCAGCCCUAGUCCAGUGGCCCUCCGCCUACUUUCCUGUCUAAGAUGGCGUCCCCCAUGGCAGCUCAGGCCGGGAAACUUCUGCGGGCAGCGUGGGCUCUCCGACCAUGCCUCCCCUUGGGCCAGUCCCAGGGCAUUCAGUGGAGCUCCAGAAGAUGGCUGAACCUACAGGAAUACCAGAGUAAAAAGUUGAUGUCUGACAAUGGAGUGAAGGUGCAGAGGUUCUUCGUGGCUGACACAGCCAAUGAUGCUCUCGAGGCUGCUAAGAGACUGAAUGCAAAAGAAAUUGUUUUAAAGGCUCAGAUAUUAGCUGGAGGGAGAGGAAAAGGCACUUUCAAUAGUGGAUUGAAAGGAGGAGUUCAUUUAACCAAAGAUCCUAAAGUUGUGGGACAGCUGGCUAAACAGAUGAUUGGUUAUAAUCUGGCGACAAAGCAAACGCCGAAGGAUGGUGUGAAAGUCAACAAGGUGAUGGUCGCAGAAGCCUUGGAUAUUUCCAGAGAAACCUAUUUGGCUAUUUUGAUGGACAGAUCCUGUAAUGGUCCAGUGCUGGUUGGCAGCCCCCAGGGAGGAGUUGACAUUGAAGAGGUGGCAGCCACCACUCCAGAACUAAUUUUUAAGGAGGAAAUUGAUAUAUUUGAAGGACUGAAGGAGAGCCAAGCACAGCGGAUGGCAGAAAAUUUAGGCUUCCAUGGCGCCCUGAAAACUCAGGCUGCAGAUCAAAUUAAGAAGCUGUAUAAUCUCUUCCUGAAAAUUGAUGCUACUCAGGUUGAAGUGAAUCCCUUUGGUGAAACUCCAGAAGGACAAGUUGUGUGUUUUGAUGCCAAGAUAAACUUUGAUGAUAAUGCAGAAUUUAGACAAAAAGACAUAUUUGCCAUGGAUGACAAAUCAGAAAAUGAGCCUAUCGAAAACGAAGCUGCCAAACAUGAUCUGAAGUACAUUGGCCUGGAUGGAAACAUUGCUUGCUUUGUGAAUGGUGCUGGGCUUGCCAUGGCAACCUGUGACAUCAUCUCUCUUAAUGGUGGGAAGCCUGCCAACUUCCUUGAUCUUGGUGGUGGAGUAAAGGAGUCCCAAGUGUAUCAAGCUUUUAAACUGCUCACUGCUGAUCCUAAGGUUGAAGCCAUCCUGGUCAAUAUUUUUGGUGGAAUUGUAAACUGUGCUAUCAUCGCCAAUGGCAUUACCCGGGCCUGCCGAGAGCUUGAACUAAAGGUACCCCUAGUGGUGAGGCUUGAAGGAACCAAUGUUGAAGAAGCUCAAAGUAUCUUGAAUAACAGUGGCCUUCCCAUUACUUCUGCCAGUGACUUGGAAGAUGCUGCCAGGAAGGCUGUGGCCUCUGUUACACCAAAGUGAUGUCUUUCUCCUGCUUCCUUGAGGAAAAGAAAUGACAAUCACCAAAAAAAAAAAAA